GGAGGUGUCAGGGUCAUGGGGGAGAGUAUGUAGAGCCUUUUCCGCUGGCGCCCUCGCUCUUUGAGUACUAAAGUCUGGUCGUUUGCUGUCUCCGAGGCCGCGGCUGUGCGUGGAGGAGCCCGCUCCGCCCCUUCGGGUCCCUGUACCUCACCCGUUGGUGUGGCCCUGAUGAUGCGGCAGGCUCUGGACGCCUAAAGCUCUGGAGCGUCACAGAAUUGAAGAAGAUUUUGUUCAUGUGUAUGGCAUAGAAGAUGAAUUCUUCCUCCUCCACCAUGAAUGAAGAACCUGAUGCACUAUCGGUAGUUAACCAGCUACGGGACCUAGCGGCAGAUCCAUUAAACAGAAGAGCCAUUGUCCAGGAUCAGGGAUGUCUGCCUGGCCUUAUUUUAUUUAUGGACCAUCCCAACCCCCCUGUUGUCCACUCGGCUUUGCUCGCUCUUCGAUACUUGGCAGAAUGCCGUGCUAACAGAGAAAAGAUGAAAGGAGAACUGGGUAUGAUGUUAAGCUUGCAAAAUGUUAUACAGAAGACUACAACUCCAGGGGAAACAAAACUGCUGGCCUCUGAAAUCUAUGACAUUCUUCAAUCUUCCAAUAUGGCAGAUAGUGAUAGUUUCAAUGAAAUGAAUUCACGUCGAAGGAAAGCUCAGUUUUUUCUGGGAACUACAAACAAACGUGCCAAAACAGUGGUUUUGCAUAUAGAUGGUCUUGAUGAUACGUCUCGGCGAAAUCUAUGUGAAGAGGCUUUGUUAAAAAUUAAAGGUGUUAUUAGCUUUACUUUUCAAAUGGCUGUUCAAAGAUGUGUGGUGCGAAUCCGUUCAGAUUUGAAAGCAGAGGCUUUGGCAUCAGCGAUAGCAUCAACCAAGGUUAUGAAGGCUCAGCAAGUUGUGAAAAGUGAAAGUGGAGAAGAGAUGCUGGUUCCAUUCCAGGAUACACCUGUGGAAGUAGAACAGAACACAGAGCUGCCCGACUACCUGCCUGAGGAUGAGAGCCCCACCAAGGAGCAGGACAAAGCGGUGUCCCGGGUCGGCUCCCACCCAGAGGGUGGCGCUAGCUGGCUGAGCACAGCUGCAAACUUUUUAUCCAGAUCCUUUUACUGGUGACUUCAGUGUGGGGCUCAAAGACUGUGUGAACGAACAAGGGGCCAGUUUUCCAUUGUGGUGGUGAACUGUCAAGUGCAAUUUGCAAUAAGUUAUCAUGAAAAGUUUUUAGAUUACAUGAUUGCAUAUGCUGCAUUUUACAUUUUAUUGGACAUUUGCCCCACAAAGUGGUAAAAAGGACAGAGGCUACAGGUGGAGUUGCUUUGUUUAUGAAGGUAUUUUGGUUGUAUGUUCCUUUGUGUAAUUGCCUCAGUUUUUAAAAAACAUGGGUCCACUGUUAAACCAAACAUGUAUGUGCAGCUUUACAUUUUAUUUUACAUGAAGCACGUAAUUAGGAAAAACAACUUUCUCCUCAAGCCUCAGGACCUAUCUGAAGAGAAAUUUUCUUUGUAGCUCAAGUUGUGCAUGAAUUACUGAACAUUUUUCUCGCUUUUCUUCAUGAGAGAUACUUGCUUUGGUACUCUUCACCAAAAGUUGAAAACGUUUCUCAUUACCCCCCUUUUGUGCCUUUUUUAAUUUUGCCAACCAUGAUUAUAGAAAGGACAUUACUAAUGACAUUUUGUGAAUUAAAAUAUAUUAAUUUGAAUGUAGCAGUCCCUUAAAAAUACAACUCUGCAAAAACUUUGCAGUCUUAGUUAUUAUCAUUUUAAUAAGAUGAACCCAGAAUCAUUGAAGAAGAAGGAAACACAUCUCUCAGCAAAGUGCUAUUGAGACUGUUUGAAUGGGACCAAAUGUAGGUCCAGUGAAGUGCUGUUCCAUUUGGUUUAUAUCAGCUCUUGCGAGUUCCAUCCACUGUAAUAUUGGGAGCAACUAUAAAUGGUCUCUGGGCCUUACUUUGUGAUCGACUACACGCUGUCCCCUGGUAGAAAAAAAAUAAGUAAUAAAGGACUGACAAACUUGAAAAAAGAAAACAAAAAUUGGAUGCCUAUAUGCCAUAGUGCCAUUUGGUAAAGUUUAACCGUAACACAUGAAUUGCUUGGCAGAUAGAUUCCUCUUCAGUAGGUGUUUCCUUGUAUCACCUUUUAUGAAUUUAUUAUGAACUUACAGUCGGAUUGAAUGAAAAAAGACUCAAAUUAGUGCUUAUAAAGAAAUAAAGCCAGCAUUGGUCUACUUAAUCUUGUUUCUCAUGUCCAGCCAGAAAAAAAAGAACUUCAGUGAAGGUAAGAUAAAUAAAUAUAAAUAUAUAUACAUAUAUAUUUUUGGUAGAUAAGAGCUCAUUACAUAUAUGUAAUGCUUUAUUGCAUUUCUGGAAUAUUUGGCAACUAAAAUUUUCCUUUUGGAAAUCAACUAAAUCCAGAAAAAUUUUAAUGCUAAUACGAUUAAAAACUAAUAGGAAGAAAUUGAAAUUUUUUUCAUCAACCUGUAGAGCUGCUGUUUUACUACUUGGAGAAUGUGAAAUGAAAGUUGGACCCUGGAAGAUUUCCUUGCAUUUUCAUCACUUCUCUUUUAGAGAAAAUUAAAAGCAUCCAGUGUCUCUGGAGAAAAAUUACUGUAUAAUACUUCACCAACAAGAAUCUCGAGUUCACAAACAUUGUGACCUGGAGGAAGGGGUAUCGAGGGUAAUGGGAAUGAUAGUUUCUCAUAUGUCUGGGCUCCGAUUCGGGUGACACGCGCAACUGAAAACAUAAGCUUUCAGGGCAUGUAUUUCUUUAAAUGUGUAAUACAACUUGCUUCCAGAACCAGACGUGUUGAAAAAAGAAAACAAAACCACCUCCUUUCUAUAGCCAUUAAAACAAAGUUUACUGUUCCGUUUUAACAAGCUUAUAUUUUAUUUUGCAUCGCCACACAUCUGCUUAUUUAAAAAACUACAUCAUUUUGGUAGCAGUGGUUCAAUACAAGUAGGUACUACAGCUUGAUGUUGUGUGUUCUGAUUCUAAGUGUUCUUUUAUUUCCAGGUCUAAUAAAAGGUAACAUAAUUAAAAUUGAA